AUCCCUAGCUUCGCCAAAUUCCCCAUUUCUCUCCACUCUGCUUCUGAAACGCUCUCCGACGGCUGCUCUAAGACAAAGGUCGCCCACCUGCUAUUUCUGCUAGAGGCAUUUUUUAUCUGAGCCGAGAUCUUGCAAUUUGGAAUUGAGUGAGACCAGCUUAUCUAGAGCUGCCAAAAUGUCUAGGAAAGGUUUGAUGGAGCAGGACUUAAGCAAGCUGGAUGUAACAAAACUACAUCCACUUUCACCUGAGGUUAUAUCUCGGCAGGCCACAAUAAACAUUGGCACCAUUGGUCAUGUGGCUCAUGGGAAGUCAACAGUUGUGAAGGCCAUAUCUGGUGUCCAGACUGUUCGCUUCAAAAAUGAACUGGAACGUAAUAUCACCAUCAAGCUUGGAUAUGCCAAUGCGAAGAUAUACAAGUGCGAAGACGAUCGAUGUCCUCGGCCCAUGUGCUACAAGGCAUAUGGAAGUGGAAAAGAGGAUAGUCCAAUGUGUGAUGUGCCGGGGUUUGAGAACUAUAAGAUGAAAUUGCUUAGACACGUGUCUUUUGUUGAUUGCCCGGGACAUGAUAUUCUCAUGGCUACUAUGCUUAACGGGGCUGCAAUUAUGGAUGGAGCUUUACUUCUUAUAGCUGCAAAUGAGAGCUGCCCUCAACCCCAGACAUCAGAGCAUUUAGCUGCUGUUGAAAUUAUGCGUCUCCAACAUAUCAUAAUACUUCAGAAUAAAGUUGAUCUUGUUCAGGAAAAUGUUGCCAUCAACCAGCAUGAAGCCAUUCAGAAAUUUAUUGAGGGAACUGUCGCAGAUGGUGCACCAGUGGUACCGAUUUCUGCCCAGCUGAAGUACAAUAUUGAUGUUGUAUGUGAAUAUAUUGUGAAGAAAAUCCCUAUCCCAGAAAGGAACUUCAUCUCACCCCCAAAUAUGAUUGUAAUAAGGUCUUUUGAUGUCAAUAAGCCUGGGUCUGAAGUUGAUGAAAUCAAAGGUGGUGUUGCUGGUGGAAGUAUCCUGAAGGGUGUUCUGAAGGUAAAUCAAUAUAUUGAGGUUCGUCCUGGUAUUGUCGUCAAGGACGAAAAUGACAACAUCAAGUGCACGCCUAUAUACUCCAGGAUAGUUUCCUUGUAUGCUGAGCAAAAUGAGUUACAAUUUGCUGUGCCUGGAGGCCUUAUUGGAGUAGGAACGACAAUGGACCCCACACUUACACGAGCUGAUAGGUUGGUGGGCCAGGUUCUUGGAGAAGUUGGUUCACUCCCUGAAGUCUAUGUUGAACUAGAGGUUAAUUUCUUUUUGCUGCGGCGGCUGCUUGGUGUUAGGACAAAGGACACAGAAAGGCAGGGUAAGGUCUCAAAGCUGGCCAAGGGAGAGAUCCUCAUGUUGAACAUAGGAUCUAUGUCAACAGGGGCUCGUGUUGUUGCUGUCAAGAAUGUUUUUGCAAAACUGCAGCUUACAUCCCCUGUGUGCACCAGCAAAGGAGAAAAAAUUGCACUGAGCCGCAGAAUUGAUAGGCACUGGCGUCUGAUUGGCUGGGGUCAAAUUCAAGCUGGUAUUACUCUUGAUGUUCCACCCUGUCCAAUCUAAGUGAAUUAUUGAAUUACACAUCGACGGGAAAAAAGUAAACAAACACCACAAAACUAGGGACUGAGAUGUGGGAGGGCAGAGAAAUGCUCGGAACAAUUUUUGUUCGAUGGAGGAGAAAACAUUAUUUGGAGUUUUGGAUACUUUUAUUAUUUCUGAUGAUAUUUGUCAUUGCCUUUUCCUUUUGGAGUUUUCUCCAUAUUGUUGGGUUAAUGUGGCGUGAGCCCAUUUUGGAUGUUGAGUUGUUAACUAGAGGUAUGUGCUUGUGCAAUAUUCCUUUGAGCAAGUUCUCCAGUGUGCUUUAAGAGAGGUCUGGAUGGAAAUCCCCAGAGAAAA